CGGCAGCUCUGCCCCGGCACCACCGAGCAACCCUCCCACAGCCCGGCAUGGCAAAGACAGCCGGGGUGGUCUGCGCCCUCCUCCUCCUCCUCGCUGCGCUGUGCUGCCAGAGCCUGGCUCAGAGAGCCCCAGCCGUGCCACACAAGUGCUGCUUCAAAUUCCAGACGAGAAGGAUCAAGAGAGACAACGUCGUCGCCUGCUACCCCACCAGCCCUGAGUGCCCACACGAGGCUGUGAUCUUCAGGGUGAGGAGCGGGAAGGAGAUCUGCACCCAGGCAAGCAGGGCCUGGGUGAGGAAGUACCAGCAGAGCUUCCAAGUCAGCUCCUUCUCCAUCCCCAGCUAGCGAAGCGGCCGGAGGCAGCACGGGGAGUCCUCUCCCCGGGGAACGGGACACCGCGAAGGUGAUGCUUUUGCAGAGGUGGCUGCAGGGAGACCACAUUUGCGUAUAGCAGCUCAUCGGGGACAUCCUCCCCAUCACGCUGUGAUGACCCUCGCCACCUCCCCGAAGGCAAAGGGCCGUUGCCAUUCCCGGCAUCCCACCGGGAUGGGGUGUGCCGACCCCGUGGGGUGCUGGGGUCCAGACUCACUGCCAGCCCCCAUGCUUUCAGCCCUGCUUUGCAUGCAGGCAGCUGCCUGUACCCCUCACAGGCAGCAGCAGCGUGCUGGUGAGGCUGCACUCGCCAGCCUGCCAGCAGCAGAGGGGUUAAGGGGGAGCAGCUCCGCGGCUAUUUUUUGUACGAGACACUGAACGGAAUUAAACGUGAUCUCACGCAUGCAAA